AGAGCACUCUCCAUCUGUUCUUAUCUCUCCUCUGUUUCCCAGAUUUUCGCAUCAAUAGAAGAUUCUCGCUCUAUAAUUCCGUGAAACUGUUGGAGUUUUGUUGCAUGUAAGAACAUUAACAGCAAUAGUUUUGCCUCAAUUUCAACCCUUUCAAUACUGCGUACGUAUCUCUUCAUGCGUCCAUGUUGUAGAGAAUCACAAUCAAAUAGAGUUGCGUUUCCCUAAUGAAUUCGAAAUUCACAUUAAAACCCUAGUGAUUGCUAUUCUGGAUACUGUUUUGAAGCUUAUCGCAAGAGACGCGGUUUUCUAAGGAUCGAAGGUUGAAGGGUAAUGAAGACUACGGGGGAAUCCGACUGCAUCCUUUUAGUCGAUAGCGAAAACAAGGAGAUCGAUGAAGAUAAGGAUUUAGAUAGAGAUGGAGAUAAUGAUUUUGAUGGAGGUGAUGACGAUGAUUCCCGGAACAAAGCCAAUGAUGAUGAGCAGGAUUUUGAUUCCUCUAACAAUGCCGGCGAUGAACCUCAAUCUUCGGAUCCAUCAUGGCCUCGAAGUUACAGGAAGUCGAUGGAUCUGUUAGGUACUGUAGCAUCUCCGAGUCUGAGCUUUCUAGGGUCUCCUCCAUUAUCAUCAUUAGGUGGUUCAUUCCUUUCAUCAUCACCUAAAAGGAGACAAAAUCCCAAAAUAACCACCAGUUUAGGCAACCCUCUGUUGCCACCUUUGGCAGACAACCAUCACCAUCAUCCUUCUGAUCAUUCACUUCAUUCUCAAUGGACAUCUUCUGCUAGAAAGUUGUCACAACAUCAGAAAUCUCAGAUUAAACAGAGUUCAUUCGCCCAAGCUGUGGUUAAUGGUGUAAAUCUACUUUGUGGAGUAGCACUUCUUUCUACUCCAUAUGCAGUGAAAGAAGGUGGAUGGUUUGGAUUAUCUAUAAUGUUCAUCUUUUGUGUUCUUUGUUUCUACACUGGUCUCCUCCUCCGUGACUGCUUAGAUACUCACCCUAGACUUCAGACUUAUCCAGAUAUCGGUGAAGCCGCCUUUGGCAUACCCGGACGCCUACUCGUCUCUAUAGUUUUGUAUGUGGAGUUGUAUGCGUCAUGUGUUGAAUUCAUAAUCUUGGAGAGUGAUAACAUAUCUUCUUUAUUCCCAAAUACAAAUCUAAUCAUUGGAGGACACCAAAUAAAUUCACAUUCUUUCUUCGCAAUUACCAUCACUCUUGUUGUGCUUCCUACUGUUUGGCUUCGCGACUUGAGUGUUCUCAGUUACAUCUCCGCUGGAGGAGUUUUUGUAAUAAUUAUUUUGGUAUGUUCCUUGUUUUGGAUCGGUUUGGUGGAUAACAUUGGGUAUCAAAUGGAAACUACAAAAAUGUUAAAUCUAUCGACUUUGCCUGUGUCUAUUGGGAUGUAUGGUUACUGUUAUGCAGGACAUGCUGUUCUUCCUAAUAUCUAUAUGUCCAUGGAAAAAAAGAGUCAAUAUCCUCUUGUCAUUUUAGCCAGCUUUGGGAUAUGUACUUUAAUUUAUGCUGGAGUUGCGAUAAUGGGAUACAUGAUGUUUGGAGAAUCAACAGAAUCACAAUUCACUCUCAACCUCCCGCCAAAUUUACUUGCUUCCAAGAUUGCUAUUUGGGCUACGGUGAUCACUCCAGUAACCAAAUAUCCUUUUUCCGUAAAGCCUCUUGGAUUCUUGCUUUUUUUGUGUGAAUUGGCUAAAAGUUUGGAGGAAUUAAUACCAUCAAAACAUUCAAAGUCACACGUCUACUCAAUCCUCAUUAGAACAGCAUUAGUGAUCUCUACUUUAAUCGUCGCCCUUUCUGUUCCCUUUUUUGGUCUGGUGAUGUCAUUGAUUGGAUCUUUACUCUCAAUGUUGGUGUCAUUGAUAUUUCCUUGUGCUUGCUUUUUGCGCAUCUUAAGAGGCAAUGUGACACGUUUCCAGGUAUCAAUGUGCGUAUUAAUCAUUGCAAUUGGUGUGAUCUCAUUAUCGUUUGGAACCUACACAUCCAUAUCUGAAAUCAUUCAACAAUAUUUGUAGUUCUUUCGGAAGCCGAUCUUUAACGAAUUAUUAAUCAUUGAGCAAGAUUUUCUUUUUAUACGAUGCUCCAAGUGCAUUUUCUCUUUAUUUAUUUUUUUCACUUUGCAAAUUGACUGAAUUAUGAAGUCGGUAAUGGUUAAUUAGCGGAUCAAUUAGGCAAACUUAAAAACCCUUUUAACAUUUUUCUACGUUUGUAUGUUUCGAAUGGAGAACAAACAAAGAAACAAAUCUUCAUUAUUUUUCUAUGUUUGUUUGUAAUUGAGAACACACAAAGAAACACUUUUGUAACAUAUUUUUGUUUUUAAUGAUUGUAUAAUGUAUAUCCCAAAACAAGGAACACUG